CUCAAGAUUUUUUAAAAAAUCUUAAAACUGAAGGACCAGAUGAAAAUAAAAUUUUUGAAGAUAAUGAAGAUAUUAUAUCUACAGUAAAAAAAGUAACUACAAGUGUUUCUGUAGAAAAAGCAUUUUCAGCUGCUAAAGAAUUAAUUACUUCUCAAAGAUGUAAUUUAAAUCCUACAACAAUUAGA